AUCUGCUGAAACCUCCUCUCCAAACAGCACACAACAUGGAUUUCCAGAAGCUCCUCUUAGACGUAGGGAAGGCCCUGCGUAAGGACGAGGUGAAAGCUUUAGCAUUUCUUUGCACUGACCUCCUGGGCCGAAACCCGAACUCAGUGGAGAUGGCCAGUGACCUCUUCUCUCGUCUGGCGGAUCAAGACCACCUCUCUGCUGAGCGACCAUACCUGCUGACUGAGCUUCUUCUCAUCAUCCAACGCACCCGUCUGAUCCGGGACUUCCAGCUCUUUGAACCAGCAUCUACAACCGGAAGCCUCAUCUCUCCUUACAGGAAGCUGCUCUACGACCUGUCUGAGGACAUCACUGAUGAAGACUUGAAAAAUGUGAAGUUCUUGCUAAACAAAGAGCUUCCACGUAGAAAACUGGAGGACAAUGUUUCUACACUGGAGGUCUUCCUGGAGAUGGAGCACAUGGACCUCAUCAGUGACACUAAUCUACAUUUACUGGAGACCAUAAUUCAGUCAGUCUGUCCCAUGCUGAGAGACAAGAUCAACCAGUUUAAAGCACUACCGGUAGCUCACACCAGUCCUGCAGCUCAAGAAACAGGUCGAGCAAGGUCUAUGUCGACCCCUUCUAACCCGGGCCCUCAAUCUUUUACUUCUGAGAGGACUUUCUCAUGUGAAAUUCCAGAGGAAUUCAGACCACUGGGCGAGUCUCCCAUGAAUACUUCCAACACCUCUAUGGAUGUGCCAAAUGUGUUUCCUGGUGGAGAUGAAUGUGGGGCCCUGUCACUCGGACUGAGUGAUUUGAACACUGGAAUAAGCAGCGUUAAAAGUAUGAUGAUUGAAGUUUUGGAGUUGCCGUCUCAAGAAAACAAGGCGUCCUCUGAAAAGCAGACGUCUCAGACUACAAACACAAACACUGAGGUUUUGGGAACAUAUCCCAUGACUGCAGCGAAGAGAGGUAUCUGCUUGAUUGUAAACAACAACGACUUCACUAAAUCCAAAAAAGUUCUCGGGGAGAGGAUGGGGACCAUGAUGGAUGAAGAGUGUCUGCGGAAAGUGUUUACGUGGCUUGGCUUUGAGGUAGUUAUACGGAGGGACUGUAAGAGGGAGGACAUUCUGUCUGCGUUUCGGGAGCUCGGCAGCGGAGACCACAGUCAGGUGGACUGUCUGGUGUGUUGCGUUCUCAGCCACGGCCAGGAGGGAGUAGUGUACGGCGUGGACGGCCUCACCGUCAAGAUUGAAGAGCUGAAGGAACCCGUCAACGGAGUAAAGUGUGCCUCUUUGGCAGAGAAACCCAAGCUGUUUUUCAUCCAGGCCUGCCAGGGCACCGGCGCGCAGACGGCCGUCCACAUCGAGGCUGAUGGUCCUGCACGCAGUCCUGUUUGCAGCGAUGCUGUUAGAUCUGAGUCCAUCCCGUCUGAUGCAGACUUCCUGCUGGGAAUGGCCACAGUUCCUUCUUUCGUCUCUUACAGAGAGACGAAAAAUGGCACGUGGUUUAUUCAGUCAUUGUGCCGAAACCUUGUCCAGAUGGUUCCAAGUCGCUGUGACCUUGUGUCCAUCCUGACAAAAGUGAAUGCAGAUGUUAGCCAGAAGACGGAUUCCUCCGGUGUAAAAAAGCAGAUGCCUCAACCAACCUUCUCACUCAGGAAGAAAGUGGUCUUUCCGAUCCCCAAGGCCCCUCCUCCCAGCCUGUCGCACCGACGAAAAUAAUGUUUCGCCUGUUUGAUCAACUCACUCAUCAUAUGAUCCCUUACACACAAGUGUUUUUGUAUUACAUUUACUGUCCGCACUUUUAAAUAUGCUAUCCAAAUGUGUUUAUUUUCAUAACAACACCUGAACCAGCUCCAUUUGCUGAUGAAGAAUUGUAAGCAUACCUAUAAUUGAUGAAGUUAAAUUUGUUUACAUUUAUUUUUAUACCUGGUAUGAUACAUACAGCGUAAACACAAGUUCAACUCCCUUCCUCUGUUUACAGCAUCACGUUUUUACAUGAUGUUUGAUGUUGAACUUUAAUGUCCUGAUUGAACUAAUCAUGCACAAUAUAUUGAUACAGGAGUAAAUGCAACAACCAACAUCUUUUUAUAUUGCACUGAUGUUAUUAUCCAGAUAUUCCUGGUACAGCCACCAUUUGUAAGUAUAUUCUCCCAAAUGUGAUGGUAUUAUUGUUGCCAUUGUCAUUUAAUAUCACUGUGUACACACAGUUAUCACAAAUCAGAAUCAUCAGAAAUCUAUGAAAUUUUGUAAGCAGUUAAAACAGCAAUUUUCUAUCAAUCAAACAAUAAAUUGUAUAUAAACUA